AUGCGUACAAGCAUGAGUUUCCAGAGGGCACAAACCCGGCCUACGACAUCAAGCAAGGAUCUACGACUCCAGUUACGUCGUUCUGCCCCAAGGUUUAGAUCCGACGCUGUCAAGCGACAACGACUAAAUGAUCCUGAGCGGGAGAACGAGGGCGAAGGGCAGGAAUAUGAUGGUGGCAUGUUUGAUAGGUUUGAUGAGUCUGUGGAGUCUGAUGAGUCUGUGGAGUCUGUGGAGUCUGUAAAGAUUGUGCCGCAAGAUGAGAUGCCUGCACUGCUUGAGACUGUUGCUGAUAGCAGCUUCAAUAACGCUAUCUCUGUCACCAAUAAUCUGCUUGAAUGUAUAGAGAAUGCGGAAGCGGAAGAUCCCAUACACGAAGCUCUGGCCAACGAUCUUGACUCUCCGUCCUCAGAGAUCUCUGCCAGCACGCUACCUAGUCUCCCCUUACCUCCCGAACCUCCUCAGCAAGAAUUUUCAGAUGACUUCGAUGAGCUAGCUGAGGACGAGCUUGCUAUAUCUCCUGACGAAAGUAUGCUGCCACCUUCACGUCGUUCUUCGGUGGUAGAUCUAUCGGAAGAAGUGCCACACAAGCGAGCUAGCUGGGAGAUGAAGACGUUUCCAAUGGCAUUAGGCUUGUGGUGUGAGACAUCUGGCAUCACUCGACAAAACUACCAGAGUUUGCUAGAGGUAUUUGAUCUCCUCGAGGAUUUGCAGACGCUCAAAGAUCUUCCCCGCUCUGUCACAACCCUCAAGAAAUACGUUAAUGCGCAGCUACCACUAAUGCGGCUACGACGUCAGGAGAUAGACGUAGUACAGGAGCAGCUCCCGACACAAAGCAAGCAGAAGGAAGUCCGGGUCGUAAAGAGUAUGAUGCAUUUCUUCGAUCCCAUUGAGCUGUUCAAGACUGUGCUUUCGUCGACUGAAUUUCGCGCCAAGAUUCAUACGGGGAUGGCAUGUUUUGUUGAUCAACCCUCUGAGCUCUAUCACUCUUUGGCAUGGGCUUCUUCUAUCAAGUCUUGCUCGGGAGAAUACGUGUUCUAUCCCGAUCAAACUCCGAUCUUCCCCUCUGAUGUCGUCUACUAUCAUUGCAAGAAAGAGGACUGUUUCUGCCAAAAUGGGCGUAAAUAUCACAUGGCUCGUAUCGCUGCGAUUGGUAGAGACAAAACGACCACUGGGGAAACAAUUGAUCAAGUCAGAAUUCUCGCAAAUCCGCUCUAUGUUGCGAGCGCUUUUGGACUGAAAGAAUCAGAUUUUCCGAUGCCGGCGCACUCAACAGCUAAAGAACUGUUUCUCUCAGAACAGGAAUCUCUUCAUUUGAGCCGAGAACAAGUCCAUGCCAGAGAAGCCGAUGUGCAUUUUGAUUAUCGCUACGAGGGGUCAGAUGUCAGACUGAGCAGGAAUGCAUCGGCGUACCGAUCAAGAUUUGUAGUGCGUCAAAUCUUCGAGCUUAACAACAAAAGCACUCGUCCACUACAGCUCUCCGCACCUAUUCGUGGAGCAUUGGAGCUGAGCACAUACGGGCGUGCACAUCUAGCUAGCUUUGCCACAUCUCCGUGCCUUUCAAUUCCUCUUCUUACCUUCAUUGAUGCGUUUGGUUUGUACCGGAAUAUGUACCGAUCUCUGAUGGGGGUCUAUGUCACAAUCGCUGGCCUGAGUUGGCGGGAGAGGAAACGGAGAGCCAAUGUACUACCCUUAGCACUUGGUCCACAUGCCAGCGACUUCGGAGAUGUGAUCAAGAUUCUAGAGCCUGGGUUGGCAGCUUUGGAUCGUGGCAUCAGAAUCAACCUCAAUGGCGUGGAUACGUUUGUAUGCGUCUACACUAUGGCCUUCACAGGAGACAUGAAACAGCAGCAGGAGAAUUCUGGCUUCAUGUCUCCGAUUGCUAAUAGGGGAUGCUCGAAAUGCCUGGUUACAAAGAAGCAAAAAGCGGACUUGACUUUCAACAUUAUACUCAAUGCUCGCUAUCAUCAUCGGGUCCUAUAUGAGCGAAUCAAAGGCGACGCGUCUGUGGAUAGUGCUAAAUUCUUUCAAAGCAUGGGGAUGAGAGCUGAGCAGACUCCGCUGAUCAUUAUCGCGCCAUCUCUGGAUAUCAUACGCAGCCGGCCUGGGGAUGUGGCACAUUCGGAAUACGCUGGGAUUGCCAAACAAGCGCAACAUGUGCUAUUCGCUGCCAUACUCACUGACGCUGGUGCCAAUGCCUACUGCGCCGAGCUCCGGCACUUUCCCUUCCCACCUAGCUGGGGCCGAUUGCAGUCACCUAAGUACCAUCUCGCUAGUUAUCGGAUGCAAGAAUGCGGUAGACUCUCAAUCAUUACGCCUCUACUUCUACGGACCUGGCUACAACCUAAGUGGAUUAAUCCUGUGUAUCUAAAAGCCGCAGAAGCAACAAUGUCUCCGGCGUUGAAUCUCAAUGGCGUUGAUUCGAUCGUUGCGUGCUACGCUGCUAUGGCCAAAAGCAACACCGUGGUCCUAACGCAGAACAUGAGCCAAAUGGAUCGACAGAAUAUGAUGUCGCUGCUGUUACAAUCAAGAAAGGCGUUUCAGAGACUCUAUCAAUGCGCUGCUCUCGCCUGCUCCAAGAACUUCAAGCGCGGUAAUCAUCUUAUCUCCUCCAGGCAAACAACACCAGUCAAUCUCUCAGACGAUGAUUCCGAAGCAGGAAGCACGUUUGAGGAUAGCGAGUUACAGCACUUGGGUCGUUCAGAGUAUGAACAUUUGGCGGAGACUUUCGAGAUUGAGGGCGGUGCUGCAAAGCAAGCAGCAGCAUUUCGCAACGUCAUGGCACGCCCAAAUGUACACGCUGCUCUACACUACGAGGACGUAGCUACGGAGUACGCCACUCCUAACAAUUGCACCACUCUUAGCGGUGAGGACAAACACAGAUUCUUCAAGAAAGCAGUGACUCAAACCAACUUUCGAGAUGUAGAAAAGGUUCUACUCAGCAAAGAGAGCUUACAUCAAACUCUACGCUUUGUUCUCGCCGGUUCACAUGCAUCUACUGAGCCUAGAUUGACUGCGGAGAUGAUGAGAAUACAUUCAAAGUGCCCUACUCUCCUGACUGACUUGCUGCCCUACUCUGAGCUAGGCACUGGAGAGAAUGACUCACGUCAAUCUCAGAUGGCAAUCACUGGAGAUGCAGCUCAUGAAAGGCCGCUGGCGCUGGGAUGCCUAGAUCGUGGAUAUGUUGCGAAGGAUUUGGGAUGGCCUUUAUGGCCUGGUCAGCUUGCUCUCGAUGAUCCAUUCUCAAUACUGUUACAACAUGCCUACGAGAUAGACUACGGAGAGCCCAAUGUCAUUCCGCCUAGACGCGUUGGGUUGCAAUGGUGCCAAAAGCUUAGCUUUACGGAUCGGGUGUCUGAGCAUCGGAUUGUGUUCAGUAUCGGAGAUUUCAUUACUGUUCGAAACUCCGACUUAGCUCGAGUUGAUGGUGUCUUCUUGCAUGAGCUCUCCAAGGGACGCAUCAGACUGUUUGCCAGAGUGACUAUGGUGCAGGACUUCAGAGAACCAAAGCUCGACCCUGUCCUCAAAGUUCCUUAUCAGAAACUAUCGAAGACAGUGCAGAUCGUUGGGCUUCCAGGUAUCGGCACAAGGAAGCAUUAUGUUCUGCAUGUAAGUCGCAAAGAGCGUAAUGAUGGGACCAAAGGGGGCUUGGAGAGAGGCGGUCAGGCCCUUUUAUUGAACUGCAACUACGAUAUUCAAUUCAUGUAA